AUGGGCGGAUCCCAUAGCCGUGAGGGUCUCAGCCUAUCGGAUUCCGAACCCGUCGAUGAAUAUCAAGAAACAGAAGAAGAAGAAGGAGAGAAACAGCAAUCGGAUCUUCAUCUCCGAGGAUCCACAUCCAAAACCCGAACUCCGAUAUCUGUGGCGGAGGUUGACGCCAAGCUUCAAUCCCUGAAGCUCAAGUACUCGCCCAAGUCUCCAAACCCUAGUCUUGGCUCUAAUUCCCCCAACGCCGCCAAGCUCUACCUGCACAUCGGUGGCAGCUUGCCGUCGGCGAAGUGGAUCAUAUCCGAGAAGCUUACCUUCUUCUCCUUCUCCAAGCCGGAUUACUCUGAUGACGAUGAUUCACCGACGUCUUCGGCGUCGGUGUCCGCAUGGGUUUUGGCUGUGGGAACUAAGAUUAAGGCUCGCGUUGGUCCUGAGCUCCAGCUCAAGCCUUUCCCCGCGCAGCGGCGGGUUGAUUUCGUCGCCGAUGGCGUAUGGGCGCUUAAAUUCUUCUCCGUUGGGUCGUAUCAUGGAUUCUUGAGUGAGUACCAGAAGUGCCUCUUUGAGAAUACCUACAAUCUUGAAGCGAAUGAUGCGAACAAGGUUAGGGUUUUUGGGAAUGAUUUCUUGGGCUGGGCCAAACCGGAGGUGGCGGACGAUGCCAUCUGGGAGGACGCCGAGGAAAGCUUCGAGAAGAGCCCCCGGGCAACGGUGGCUAGAGGACAUGACUUGCUGGAGGAGUUUGAGGAGGAGGCUGGAAACGAUGGAGGGAUCCAAAGCCUUGCGCUUGGGGCAUUGGAAAAUAGCUUCUUGGUUAGUGAUUCAGGGGUUCAGGUUUUGAAGAAUUUCAGCCAUGGAGUUCAUGGGAAGGGUGUGUCAGUGAAGUUAUCGAGUGGAAACAAAGGUGUUCAAUAUGAAACCCCAAAGAAGGCAGUGCUUAUGAGGGGAGAGACCAAUAUGCUCUUGAUGAGCCCUGCUACGGCAGGGAAGCCGCAUUCCACUGGCGUUCGCCAGCUUGAUAUUGAGACUGGGACGGUUGUCACUGAAUGGAAGUUUGAGAAGGAUGGAACUGACAUCACAAUGAGAGAUAUCACUAAUGAUAGCAAGGGUGCACAGUUGGAUCCUUCGGAGUCUACCUUCCUAGGGUUGGAUGACAACCGGCUCUGCCGUUGGGAUAUGCGGGACAGAGGAGGUAUCGUGCAGAAUCUUGCAAAUUCAAUGGAAUCGCCGGUUUUGCAGUGGACACAGGGGCAUCAGUUCUCCCGGGGGACUAACUUUCAGUGUUUCGCCUCAACUGGUGAUGGUUCGAUAGUGGUUGGUUCUCUUGAUGGAAAAAUCAGGUUGUAUUCAAAAAGCUCAAUGAGGAUGGCAAAGACUGCUUUUCCGGGACUCGGUUCUCCAAUCACUCAUGUGGAUGUUACUUACGAUGGAAGGUGGAUUUUGGGCACCACGGAUACUUACUUGAUACUUAUAUCUACAAUCUUCAAGGAUAAAGAUGGAAAGGAGAAGACUGGUUUUAGUGGAAGGAUGGGCAAUAGGAUUGCAGCACCAAGGUUGUUGAAGCUCACUCCAUUGGAUGCACAUUUGGCUGGCAAAAACAAGAUCCAAAAGGGUCAGUUUUCAUGGGUCACUGAAAACGGCAAACAGGAAAGACAUCUGGUAGCAACAGUAGGCAAGUUCAGCAUCAUCUGGAACUUCCAACAAGUAAAGAACAGCCACCAUGAAUGCUACCUAAACCAAGAAGGUCUCAAGAGCUGUUACUGCUACAAGAUUGUCCCCAAGGAGGAAUCCAUCGUGGAUAGUCGAUUCAUGCACGAGAAGUUCGCUACAUCCGACUCCCCUGAGGCCCCAUUAGUCGUUGUAACUCCAAUGAAAGUAAGCUCCUUCAGUAUAUCAAAUCGGCGUUAA